AUGCAUCGCACCCGUUAUUUUCUCGCCCUAGUCCAUUUUUUUCUCUCACUCGCAUCCUUGAUCGAUUCCGCACCCUCAGAUUCCCCUCGUGAUGCGGACAUCGCGCAGUCUGGCUAUGUUGGCGGCGACCACAACAUCGGGCCAGAGUCGCUCUCGCGAUUCCAGCACCUGUGGAACUUCACCUUCAAGCCGGAUGAAAAACACUACGCAAGACCGUUAGUUCAUACGCUCGCAUCAGGGAAACAAAUCGUCUUCACUGCGUCGACCGAGAAUGUCGUCCGCACCAUCGAUGCGACCACAGGCGAGAUUAUGUACGAGAGGCAAGUCGCACCACCAUGGCCCAUGGCCGGGGCGUACUGCGAGACGGUUAGUAAGAACUUGGGCAUCAUGGGCACGCCUGUGAUAUACCCAGAGUACGACGUCGCCUUCUUCUUCGUCAAAUCAUACAUCGACGCAAGGGAUUACCGCGUGCCAGGCGGCGCCAACCCUCCGCUUAAUAGCGUCUAUUAUUUUUACGCCGUAUACCUUGAUGGCCUAGGCGACGUUUACAAAUUUCCCCUUUUCAUCGACGAUGUACCCGCUGAUAACGACGAACGCAAGCUCUUCCUCGGCGGCCUCGUCCUCCAGCGUCCUUCCCUCCUUUCUGUCGGCGAUGUGGUCUACGCUGGCUUCGGCGGGCUGUGCGACGCCUUCAACUACACCGGUACCCUCGUAGCCAUCAACAUAAACACACGCACAAUAAACCGGUGGGUAACACAAGGCGGCCCGACGUCGCCGUGGACAAGCAACUGGACAAAGUGGCAUGGUGGCGGCGCAGGUGGGAUUUGGCAGUCUGGGAUGGGUCUUGCAUCCGAUGGCCAUGAUGUCUUCUUCUCAAUCGACAAUGGCGGAACUACGGACACAAAUGCUUCCAGCAUCCCAGUCCAGGGCAAAUCGCACCAAGACAUUCUUUCCGAGUCCAUCGCUCGUGUCUCCCUAAACGACUCAGGCGUACAGCUGCUCGACUUCUUCCGGCCGGCCGACUACCUCUCCGAUGCGGGACAGGACAUCGGCAGCGGUGGCGUAUCCAUCCUCGAUCCUAUGACUUUCAAUACCAGCGCCGUGCCACACAUCGGCGUGUCGACAGGCCGCAACGCGAAGGUGUAUGUGCAGAAUCUGGAUGAGUUGGGAGGGUACCGCACUGGUGCCAAUGGUACCGAUACAGUGCUGCAGACGAUACACCUGCGGGGUGAGGUGUUCGGCGGGAUCGGAUCGUACCCGCUGGAAGGCGGGUAUAUCUACGUUAACCCUGGCAAUGCCUCGUUGGUUGCGUAUCGCUUUAGUGCGUCGGCGGGUAAUGGAUCAACAGAGCUGUUCGCGUUGGCGGGGACGGCCGAGACGGAGAACACGCACUGGGGCGGGGGCGGGAUUCCGACUGUGACGAGUAAAAAUGGUGAUCCCGGGAGCGGGAUCGUGUGGGUGACGGAUGUACAGAGGGGGCUGUUGGCAUACAAAGCUGUACCUGUGGACGGGAAACUCGUGGAGCUUGCGUUGCCGAAGGUGGACGGUGCAGUCCGGUUUGGGCGGCCUAUCUUCGGUGACGGCAAAGUAUACCUCUUCGAUGGAAAAGGCAGGCUGAUUGCGCUGGGCGCCAGUGGUAACAUAACCGCAGCUGCGUAG